ACAGACCCACAUACCCUGUCUGGUAUUUUACUUGGGCGUGCCGUGCCUGGCACCCCGUCCCGCCGGAUCCAACGACGAGCCGCUGUCCACCCCCCUUUCGUUCCCCUCCAAAUCCUUCCGCCAGCGACCUACCCCCUACCCUGCCUUCUCCCAGAUACACCCCGACGCCCGCAUCCUUUCUGUGGCAUAUUACCGCCUGGUCGCCCCUGCCUCCUUCGCACUGCGCCCACGAGCCCAUCGCUGCUUGACCACCAAUUCUCCCGGCGCGCGUUUGCCAGACUACUUUUCUGUCUGAAGCCGAUCCCCCUGAAGAUCUCACAUCCAUCGCAGGAGCUCGUGCCGCGUACACCCCAACCACGAGGACACCUCUGCCGUCUGCCCUACUGGCCUGGCCCUCGCAUCUUGCUGCCGUGCUCCUCCCCGAGCCGCUAACAGGCCACCCCUCGCCCACGCCUAACUCUGCUCCGGCGGUGCUGACGUUGACGAACACGACUACGACGCGGACGACGACGGGUACACCCCCAAGCCAACCCGAAGGGCAGGAGAAGGGGGAAAAGUAACAGCUGCCCGAGUCUUCGCCUCGACCCCUCUGCACCGGGCCUAUCCCAUAUGUUCAGCCGGUACCACGCCAAGAAGAAGAAGAACGCCUACGGUGUCGAGGGCCGUCUGCAGGAGUCUGGUCUGCUCAGCCAGGAGCUAGGGCCCUCUUGGAAAAGGGAGGCCGACCGCCCGGCCUAUAAUCAAGGCACCAGCAACACGGCCGACGACGGGGUUUCGUCGUUCCCAGAAAAGAACAAUUCCAUCUCGAGCGGGACAAUCCGGCUGCCCGCGCAAAAGCACCAGCGGCAGAGCGGCUCGGUGUCGUCGAUCCAGUCUCGAGACAGCGUCGGGAGAUCCAACUCAGUCAUGAGCUCGGAACGCGCACGCACGCGGAGGGAGCGCACCUUCGUCGGCGCCGAGUGCGCCGUGUGCGAGGAGCCGCUAGAACACACGCUCCGCGGCGAGCGCAUCCUGCAGUUCUCGUGCACCCACGUCUCGCACGAGGCCUGCUUCUACGAGUACAUCAAGGAGAUCGAGUCGCAGUACUGCCCGAGGUGCGAUGCACCGUUGCACCUGGACACGAGCAGGGCCGGAAACGUGCUAGACAUUGAAAAAAUCUCCAACCUUGUGAGAUCGGUCACGUCAUCGGAUACGAGGUCAAUCGCCACGCCGACGCCGACACACCCUUGGGAUGACCAGCCAAGUCAAGUUGGCCGGCCCCAGAGCCGUGGCUCAAACGCCAGGUCGACGGCCGCCAUGAGCCACACCACAGGCAUGAGCCACCCCGACGUCCGGGAACGCGGGAGCCACAUGGCGCGGGAGGCGCAGAUGUCGCGCGAUAGCCAAAUGACGAGGAACACGCGAGACACGCGAGACACGGAGCGGUAUGCUCCGCGCCACAAUCGUAGCGAUAGCGAGGCCACCGGCGCCACCUCCUCCAACGGCUACCCUGAAACUACCCAGAGCGGCCCGCGCCGAGCCCACGACUAUGAUGUGCAGGCCAUGGAGACAUCCCUUGCCAGCCCGCGCAGCAUGCCCUCGCGCAACCCCAUCCCGCUGCCCACCGUCACCGUCCGCUCCGAGUUCCCGACUAUCAGCCGCUCGCGCCAGCAGCAGACGCUCACUUGCCUCAUCACCGUCGAGGUGCCAGACAGCAAGUGGCGUCCCGACCCCGAGGACCUGCAAAUGGCCGGCCUGCCACCACUGCCGCCCACCACGGCGCCUCUCUCGGGCGGCAUGCCGCACCACAAUGGCAGGAUGGAUGACCAGUACUCGUCACCCCCAUCGCCAAAGACGGCUCCGCCACCACCGCGCUUCUACCCGUACGAAUCGCGUGAGGUUCUGGAGGAGAUGACGGAGAGUCUCAGGAAUAGGGUGGAGAACUGGCACGGCCUGGACUUUAGCAGAUUCGGAAAGCUGCGUCUCUACGGAACCCUCCGUGUCGGCAAGGACAAGGUGUCGUGGCAGGAGCUGGAAUGCUUCCUGUUUGCCGAGAUGCUCAUUUGCGUCAAGGAGAAGAAGCUGCCACCCAACCAGCAGUGGGACGAGAACGGUGCGCCGCGCCGGACCACGCGUUGCACGCUCAAGGGCUCCAUCCUGAUCAAGAAGCACCUGAACGAGGUUGCCGAGACUGGCAACAUCGACGAGAACGUCUUGACCCUCAGCCUCUCUGUGGCUGAGCUCCCACAAUUCCAUCUGCGAUUCGAGAACCGGAACCAGCUGAAGCUCUGGCAGCAGGCGCUGCUGGACCUCAACGCGGUCGAGGGCUCGCCCGUCAGGAGCCCCGAGUGCGACCUGUCGGAGACGGACGAGGAAGACUGGCAACGCAGGCCGCGCACCGAGCGCGUUUCGUCGCUCGCCUCGUCGUGGGGCGGCCCCAAGUCGGUGACGACGGCACCAACCGAGUACACCACACAGGGGCGGAGUCCCAUGUUUCCCUCCAUCCACGUCCCCAUCGACGUGGUGGUGGUGGUGCCGAUCUCGUCGUCUAUGCAGGGCGUCAAGAUCAACCUUGUCCGCGACGCGCUCAAGUUCAUGGUUCAGCAGCUCGGCGACCGCGAUCGCAUGGGCCUCGUCACAUUUGGGUCCGGUGUUGGCGGCGUGCCUAUUGUUGGCAUGACCACCAAGGCAUGGGGCGGUUGGGGUGGCGUGCUCGCCUCCAUCAAGCCCGUCGGCCAGAAGAGCCACCGGGCGGACGUGAUUGAGGGUGCCAACGUGGCCAUGGACCUGCUGAUGCAGAGGAAAUACAACAACCCUGUUGCAACCAUCAUGCUCAUCAGUGACGCCUCGACGGCCGAUGGCGACAGCGUCGACUUUGUCAUUUCACGAGCCGAGGCUGCCAAGAUCUCCAUCCACUCUUUCGGACUGGGCAUGACCCACAAGCCAGACACCAUGAUCGAGCUCUCGUCAAGGACAAAGGCAUCUUACACAUACGUCAAGGAUUGGAUGAUGCUGAGGGAAUGCCUGGCUGGCUGCCUGGGCGCGGCGCAAACCCUCUCGCACCAGAACGUCAAGCUCAAGCUCAGAUUACCAGAAGGGUCCCCGGCCAAGUUCCACAAGAUCAGCGGGGCGCUGCAAAUCACGAAGCGCGCAGCAGGACGUGACGCAGAGGCGUCCCUGGGUGACCUGCGCUUUGGCGACAAGAGGGAUAUCCUCGUCCAGCUCGUCAUCCUCCCGGAUACGGGCUCGGAGGAGCAGCUGCCGCAAGACCCGUGGGAGACGAUCGUGUCUGGGCUCGAGGCGCUCGGCGGUCCGAUGGACUCGGAGGAUCAGAGGACGCUCUCGAUUGAGGAGGUGCCGCUGAUCCAGGCGGAUCUGAGCUGGGGCGAUAUCCUGCGUGACGGAACUGUGACGCACAUGCCGCGGCCGUCGCUGCUGGCCAUCACAAUGCUCCCUGCGGCGUCGAACCCGCGCACCAGGUCAUGGAUAAACGCGCCGCCGAUCCCGCCACACCCACAAAUUGUGCAACGGCGCAUGGAACUUCUGACUUCGGACAUGUUGACACGGGCGCUGACGCUCGUGUCUCGCGGCCAGCACGACCGCGCACACACGCUCCUCAACGAGACGCGCUCCAUCCUCAAAGGCCUGGGCAAGGGCGGUCUCCCGCCGGUGCCUCCGGUGCCCAACAAGUCGCAGCCAUCGACGCCGCAUGCGGGCGCCGAAGGCUCGCCCACCAUGGGCCCCACGUUCCCGGAGCGCAAGAACGGCACUCCGUCCCCAACGCACUCGACCAUUUCGCACUCGACCCUGCGCGAGGGCCGCGAGGGCAGCAUCUCGGGGGCGGCGGGCUACCAGGGCCCCCACCAUCACUCAACCAUGUCCCGCAGCCGCUCCAUCGACGCCCUGUCGGCCGCGGCGGGCAUGGGUCCAUCCUCGGCCACGCCGCCCAUGAUGGUGGGCGGCCCCAACGGCAUCGACGCGACCGCUGUUGCGGCGCUCGACGCCGAGCUCGAGUCUAGCCUCGAGUGGAUCGGCCACCCGGCCGUGUUCGGUCGCGACAGCCGUAAGGCGGUGCUCCAGGCCAUCGGCGUCAUCAGCUCCCAGCGCGCCUUCACCUUCAGGACACCCAUUGAGGCGCUUUGGGCCGGCCGCGUCAACGGCGUCCGCAGGCUCACGGAGCGGUCGCGCGAGUGGCGCGAGGACGGUGGCGGCGAGGGCGGCAUCAUGGAGGAGUCCUGAUCCCUUCCAUGCAUGUCCUUUGUCGCCGGCACUUUGGCCUGGCCUCCACCCUCUGAAUCUUGCAUUUGGGUUCGGAGCGACUCAUUUUACACUCUACUUCCUGUACUAUGCCGAUAUGAAUGGUUGCGGGUUUGCUGCAUUUCUGGUCGGCGGCUUCUUUUUUGUGUUUUUAUACCUUUGGUCCGACAUAUGCCCUUUAACACCCCCUCAUCGUCUUCUUUCUCAUAUUGUCCGGAUACCAGUCGGCUUCUUCAUCAUGUAUACACUCCACCUGUACUAGGCCGUCCGCGGUUCGGUAUCCCCCAUUGUCAUCACUGCAUAGCUUUGCCUGCCUGCCUCCAAGACCAAACCGCGAGGUUUACACGCAUACCCCUUAUUUGGAAUUUUUUGGUGUCUUGUGGUUUGCACUUCUAUAUCCCCAUCCGUUGUUUCUUUCGACCUUGGCUAGUCUAUUUCGGUCGAUCAUUCAAUCAGUCGGUGCGGUCAUGGUUGUACUUUUUUGUCCUCGUUUUUAGUUGGCCACAUCCAAAGUCGCAGCGCAGUUGCGAGGUAUCAUCUUUUUCAUUCCAGCAAAUGAAGGUGGAAUCUGUUUUACUUCCUACUUUUUUUUCUCGACAGUAACAUUUCACGACACGAGUCCUAUGAGUUCGCAUGUUCCAGGAAAGGGCGGAGGAAGCUGGAGCAAGAAUAUGCUUGUACACUAACGAAAGAGGAGGGACUAGGGUGGACUGAUGUAGUUGAGAGUCGAGAUAGCUGUGGUGCUGUAUUGCGGGCAACGAAUUCAUUGUUUGAUCGG